ACGUCCGCCCGGCUUCUCCGACUCACGCUCAUCUCUCUCUCGCGGCCGCUUUCACCUCGCUCGGCAGCGGUUUUGAAGAGCGUGCUUAGGUGUUCGGCGCCGGCGCCGACGUCUGGAGGUUGCAUUUCUCGGCUCGACUCUGGAUGUAGGCGGAGUCCGCACCGGGAUCGCGAUUCCCGGUGGCGAAGAGGGAUCGAGAUCGGGGGCGCCCGCGGGCGUAAUGUGGUGGGUUAAGGCGCCCGGAGAGACGACUGGUGGGUUCUAGAGUAGGAAGAGGUGGGAUAUUCAGAACCCAUUUCCCAGAUGCAUGUGAAAGAUGAUCAACAUGUUUGACUUAAGUGCCCACAUGAAUGGAAUCAAACAACUUGCUGAGAACCCACACAGGGAUGCAGAUCUUAUGGCUGUUGGGAAUCAUUCUGAUAUGCUGAAGAAGCGGGUAGAUUCUAAUGCAGUUCAGAGAGAGGGCAAACAUGUUACCUGUGAACACAGGAAAAGUCCAUCAGGCAAGAAAUCAAGUGGAACACCCAUGAAGAUGCUUAUAGCAGAGGAGAUGUGCAAGGAAACAGAAUCUUUGCAGAAGCCACCUAGUGUUGUUGCCAGACUAAUGGGGCUUGAUUCUUUGCCAGUGCAGCAAGCAGUCUUGAUUGAUAAAUGCGACAUACAAGAGGGAUAUGAGUGCAACAGUUUGUCAGGAGCACAGAAAAGAUGUCAGUGGAAGGAAGAUGAAUACUUUGAGAAAAUGCCAUGGAGCCUCCGGUCAUGCACUCAUGAAAAGAAAAAAAACAAGGAUGUGUAUGAGGCAUGUCAGCAACCAGCGAGAAACAGUUUGGUUAAUGACCAUAUUUCAUGGAAUGGAAAAUUUGAUGAGAAUUUGUACCAAAGAACAACAGCAUUUGUUCGACAGAAAUCCACAGAAGCAGAACAUCUGGCCACAGAUGAUAAAUUUCUUAAAUCUAAGGAGUUCCAAGAUGCUAUAGAGGUUCUGAGUUCAAACAGAGAUUUAUUCCUUAGGUUUCUCGAUGAACCAAAACAAAUCUGUCAGUUCCACAAUGUACCUCCACCUCAGAAAAAGUGCAUAACUGUCUUGAAACCUUCAAAUGUUAUCAGGACAAAAGGUGACAAAGUCAUGGAAAAUCAAUCUUAUGAAGUUUCAGAUGAAAAUGUAGGAAAAACAAAUAAACAUUAUAGGAGCUCUAGUUUUUCUUGGUCUCAGGGAAAACCUCAGAUGUUAUCUCAACCAACAAGGAUAGUAGUUUUAAAGCCUAGCCCUUUAAGAGCUCAUCAUAUUAAGACAACACUGGCUUCACCAAUUUCUUCACCAGAGCUGUCGGAUGCAGAAGGUACCUGUGAAGCAUUGCAAACAGAUGAAGCAGUAGGAUCAAGAGAAAUAGCCAAGGAGAUUACUCGAUGUAUGAGAGAGAGUCUUAGUAGUGACAGAACAGAUGAAUCUUUGUUGUCAUCAUUGUUAUCAAAGAGGUACUUUCAGGAUGAGAGAUCAUUCAAUAGGUCAGGAAGUGAGGACACAGUACAGGAGGCUGUCAGUUUUAGUGAGAGAAAGGUAGUUUCACCGACAUCACUGCAUUCUUGUGAUUACCCUAAUGUAGUUGGCAGUCCUUACUCAAUCUCAUCCUUCAGUCCGGCAUCUCAUUCUCCUGAAUCAGCGGUCAUGAGAGAAGCUAAGAAACGGCUUUCAGAGAGGUUGUCGCUUGUAACAUCAACUGAAAAUAGCCAUGAACAAGUACAAGAAGGGAGGAACUCAAAUUCAUUGGGGGAGAUGCUUGCCAUAUCUGAGGUAAAGAAUAUAAAGGAACUCACUUUUUCAGGUAGGAGGUUGUCCAAUGAAAAAUUUGACAUGGAAGUACCCUCAGUGUCCUUGUCGGUAGAUCAAACAAAGGAUGAAUAUUAUGAUCCAAAUUUUCCUAGGAAUUUGUCUAGCUCAAACUCCAUCGCAAUUUCUUCACCAGUUUCUGAAACCAUUGAGUUGAACGUAGGGGCUUCUAGUUCUUUGGUUAGUGCACAAUGUAUUCAGGAGGAGGUUCCAAAAUUAAAAGGUGGGAAAUCAUCUUUCAAGGUUAAACUAUCAAGCUUGUUCUUUUCUAGAAACAGGAAACAAAACAGGCAGAAGCUGGAUCCACCUCCCUUAGCAGUAUCUGAUGAUAGAACACAACCUGGCAUCACCAAGGCUGGUGAUAAAGAAGUUCUAUCGCAAUCUGCCAAUGAUAUUUUCUCAGCAGAAAGUAAUCUAGUUAGUCCUACUAAAAUAUCUGCCAAUGCUUACUCUUCAUCAUUGGUAUAUGAUGGAUCAGAUUGGGUAACUCCUUAUGUUAAGGAUGGUCAAUUCCUUGAGAAAUCCAGUGCAUUUGGGAACUUCAGUCAACCCUGCCCCCCAUCGGGUCUAGAAGCGCCAUUUAUUGGUGAUGUCAACAACAGACUGUUGCAAACCAUUGAAAAUUCCAUUGUUGGACAUCAACAAGCUCUUUCUAGGUCUUCACCAAUCGAGUCAGUUGCUCGUUCUAUAUCAAAAGAAUUUUCAUAUUUGGACACGGCAUCAAAUCCCCUAAGAUAUUCCAUAGUUUUGUCGAAGGCUGAUGAAGAAUAUGAGCAAUAUGUCUUUGUUGAAAAGUUGAUUGCAUCUGCUGGAUUGGACUGCAAAAAGUCCAGUGUGAACUUCACAGGAUGGCAUUCACUAGAGAGCCCUUUGAAUCCCAUGUUGCUGGAGCUGCACAUGAAUGGUGAGGAGGCUAAAUUCAGAAAAAGGGGAUCAAACAAGAGGCUCCUAUUUGAUUCCAUUAAUGCAGCGUUGUUAAAUAUAAGCCAGAAAGAGACACUGGCCUCAUAUCCAUGGUCUCAAGCAUGUGACAGAAAUAAAGAUGAUAGUCUGAGUGGUCCAUUGGCUGAAGAAGUGUGGGGAACCAUAAAAAGCUGGUUUUCUGGUCACAGUUAUGUGACAGGUGAAUUUAACUACAGCAGCAAUUCAGUAGACUGGUUGGUUAAGAAAGAGAUGACAGGCGGGCAAUGGGUUGAAUCCAUGUGGUCGGAAAUGUAUGACUUCAGCAAGGAAGUUGGUGUGGUACUAUUGGAGGAGUUAGUCGAGGAAGCAUUGUCAGAAUUAUGAUGCACUCGUUCUUCUUAUGUCAUUUACCUUGUUACGACACAAUUUGUCAUUCAGGUGGCCCUAAGAAUGCAGAUUACUAUAUACAUAUGUUACUGUAAAAAAUGUUUAUACUGUAAUCUUCCUGUGAUUGAUCAUCCUCAACACUGAGACCAUCCUGCGAGAUUCACCGGUUGAGAUAACAACUGGAUCGGAUAACAGUGUGAAUCUAUUCUGAUGAUUAUUCACUUCCAGUAAGCCAAAAUUCCUACUGCUCUGUAUGCGGUUUCGACUUCUGGGGAAACAGGUAGACUUCAAUUCAGUGAUGAUCUGUCGUUAUGAAUAUGGCAGCUAAUAUGUCUUUUUCCCUGUCAGUAUUUGACAGCUUUUGUAUUGUGCCCCAUAUGAGGCAAUAUUAAUAUGUAAUUUUUACUGAAAUGGGGAGAGGAAUGAGGAAACUAUUGCAAUAUUGAAAUCAUUGGCAUACUAUGUCAUAUAUAUUCAAGUGAAAUUACUGCUCUUGCUUUA